AGUGCUGAUCUACUGGUUAUUCGAUGAUUCCAAAGCUAGCACGUAUAAACUUCGCGCGUGACAGUAUAUCGUAUCUCCGCGACAAGAAUUCAUCUGCAGUGGUCGAAGCUUCUUAUGCAUUUUCAUUACGAUGGUGAACGAAUGUAAUUAUGGUGACAGCGUAAUGCACGGUGUGCAAGAAUUGACCAGCGAAGACAAGAAGUACGUGGCGGAACAUUUGAAUGAAACCGAUGAAAAUAGAGAGGACGCUAUCGCGGAAAUUAGAUGUUGGAUCGAGGACGAAUUGCGCAUACAAAUCGAUAAUUUCCUUAUCUUGCAAUUCUUGAGAGUCGGCAAGUUUAACCUUGAGAAAACUAAGACCAGAAUACGAAACUAUUACAAACAUCGAUUCGCCUUACCGGAAUGGUACAUGAAUAAGGAUCCGCUCCAACCGGAACUACAGGAGAUGCUUGAUUUGGGAUUGGUUUUGCCUCUGCGAAAACCGGAUAGUCGAGGAAGAUUGGUUUUUAUCGUACGCUGUUUUCGACAUGAUCCAACAAUACACAAAAUGACUGACUUAAUUAAGAUCUUUAUGACGUUGUUAGAGCUAACGUUGAGAAAUAACGCUAUAGCAUCCGUAUAUGGUUUCGCAAUAUUCGUUGACAUGAUCAAUCAACAGUACGUCACAUAGCUCAAUUUUCACCCCAUUUAAUAUGGAAUGGAAUACACGCGUGUCAGAGCUGCUUUCCUGUAAGAAUGCGGUCUCUAAACUAUAUCAACGCACCGACAAUUGUCAAUGGUAUUAUCAAGAUUGUGAGAGCUUGCUUGACGGAGAAAAUGAAGAAGAGAUUUCACGUCUAUCCACAUAUGUUGCGGAGCUGUUUUAAGGAUAUUCCAGAAGAUAUCUUGCCAAUCGAGUAUGGCGGCACUGGUGAUACAAUUCAGGAUUUAACUGAUUAUUGGAAGAAAUUGGUCGAAAAGAAUCGUGACUGGAUUAUAAAUAAUGAGAAUAAUAAAAUCGAAUAAUGCACUACAUAAUAUUUUUUAGAGCAAUGGAUUCAGAUUCGGAAUUUUGGGAAAAAAAUAUUUUCACUUUUUGUUGCAUAGGGUGAUUCUAUCGGUGGCAUAAUACGAGAGAACAGAUAAAAUAUAAAAUAUUUAGGAAAGAUAAUAGUGUGCGUUUAUAAUACUAAGUUACGUGCACGAACAAGAAAUGUAUCUCUUUCCACUUUUUAUUAAGAAUCCAGUUCAUUUUUUUAAUAUUAUAUAUUUCUGUAUACAUUUUUUAAUGUAUCUGUUUUAUAUGUCUAAUCUAUAUGCUAUUAUAUGUAUAAUAUG